CCAGCAGCGCGACGUUACGCCCUGGCGUCAUAUCCUCUUCAGCGCUCCGUUUGAAGUAACGUUAGAUGGAAGGGCUCAGUCGAAAUCAGAAAGUGCAGUAAUGUCUGUAAACCUGACCUCGGAGCAGCAGCAGAGGAUCGAGGAGAACAGAAAGCGCGCUCUGGCCAGAAGAGCCGAGAGACAAGCGCAGACUCAGCUCAUAGACACCAAGGGACCCUGUACAAAGACAUCUGCUCCGUCGUCCAGCGUUUCUUCUGCAACUCAUAGCUUUUAUGGACAGUCAAGUAAACCCACCGCAGGAGAAAAGCGAGCGUCUAACAUCCCCGAGGCAGGAGGAAGUGUCCCUACAAAGAAGCCAGCGGUGUCCGUGAAAGGGAAAUGUGUGUCACACUCAGAGAAUCGUUUCCGAGUGGAAGUCGGCUACCAUGCAGACCUCAUCACUGUGUUCAAAAGCAUUCCCUCGAAGAACUACGAUCCUGCUACAAGGAUGUGGAACUUCAGCCUCGAGGACUACCAGAUGCUGAUGGAGCAGGCAGCGAGUGUCCCCUCCGUCUCUCUCAAACCUCUGGAGGGGAUGGAAGCGCUGAGCUUUUCAGCGUCCAGCAGUCGACCCAAAGAUGCAGCAGCUCUGGCAGCUCUGAUGAAGCUCUGUCAGGGUUGGCAGAAACCAGGUGCCGUGGUGAAGGGGAAGUGCAUUUUAGUGUCUCGCUGUCGGCUGGAGGUGGAUAUCGGAUACCAGACCGAUGUUAUUGCAAUCUUCAAGAAAAUGCCGUCAAAAAAUUAUGACAUGAAGACCAGAAAGUGGAAUUUCCUUCUUGAGGACUACGGGAAGCUCAUGACGGAUCUGGGUGAGCUGCCGACGGUGGAGAUCGAGCCUCUGCCUCCCGCUGUGCUGCAGUCCUUCUCCGCUCAGUUUGAGAAGAGCGAGUCCAGAGCUCCAGUCCCUCCUGAAGCCGAUCUCUCACACGUGGAUCCACAGCUCACACGCAGCCUCAUGCCCUUCCAGAGAGACGGGGUCAAUUUUGCAGUGUCCAGAGAGGGCCGUUUGCUCCUGGCUGAUGAUAUGGGUUUGGGAAAGACGGUCCAGGCCAUCUGCAUCGCUGCUUACUACAAGAGUGAGUGGCCUCUGCUGGUGGUGGCUCCGUCCUCUGUGCGCUUCACAUGGGCCGAGGCUUUCCGCCGCUGGCUGCCGUCUGUCAGAGCCGACAGCAUUAAUGUGGUGGUCACAGGCAGAGACAGCCUUCGCUCCGGCCUCAUCAACAUCAUCAGCUAUGACCUGCUCAACAGGAUGGACAAACAGCAGCCGUCCAGCCCGUUCAGUGUCAUCAUUAUGGACGAGUCUCACUUCCUGAAGAACAUAAAAACAGCUCGCUGUCGGGCGGCUCUUCCUCUGCUGAAGACGGCGAAGAGAGUGAUCCUGCUGUCAGGAACGCCUGCCAUGUCCAGACCGGCUGAGCUCUACACUCAGAUCCUGGCUGUGAAGCCUUCCCUGUUUCCACGCUUCCAUGACUUCGGCACACGCUACUGUGACGCCAAACAGCUGCCGUGGGGCUGGGAUUACUCCGGCUCGUCUCAUCUGAGUGAACUGAAGCUGCUGCUGGAGGAGUCUCUGAUGCUCCGCCGGCUCAAAUCAGAGGUGCUCUCGCAGCUUCCCGCCAAACAGCGCAAGGUGGUCACAGUGACGACGGACGGCAUCAACUCCCGCACCAAAGCCGCUCUCAACGCCGCUGCCAAAGAGCUCGCCAGAGGAUGCCACAACAAGUCACAAGAGAAGGAAGCUCUCCUGGUUUUCUUCAACCACACAGCCGAGGCCAAGAUCAGAGCCAUCAUGGAGUACAUCUCAGACAUGCUGGAGUGCGGACGAGAGAAGUUUCUGGUGUUUGCUCAUCACAGACUGGUGCUGGACAGUAUAACCAAAGAGCUCGCUGAGAAGGGCAUCAGUUAUAUUCGUAUCGACGGCUCGACGGCGUCAGCGGAGCGUCAGCAGCUGUGUGAGCGGUUCCAGUCGACACAGAAGAGCUGCGUGGCUGUUCUGUCCAUCACCGCCGCUAACAUGGGGCUCACGCUGCACUCGGCCGACCUCGUGGUGUUCGCCGAGCUCUUCUGGAACCCCGGAGUCCUGAUUCAAGCGGAGGACCGGGUGCACAGGAUCGGACAGACCAGUAAUGUGGACAUUCAUUACCUGGUGGCUAAAGGCACAGCGGACGAUUACCUCUGGCCCAUGAUACAGGAGAAGAUGAAUGUUUUGGAGCAGGUCGGUUUGUCUGAAUCCAACCUUUCAGAGAAGGCAGAAUCUGCCAGCUUUCACAGCAAGGAUCCUCAUCAGCUGACCAUCACUGAGAUGUUCCAGAGGUCCUUCGAUGAGGAGGAGAUGCUUGCUUUAGUUGAUCAAGAUCAAUGAUUGUACAGAUUUCAUACAUUUUCCCGAUCCCCUGAAAUACAGAAGACAAACUUCUCAUCACAAUCACAGUUACAUCUCAAGUUAAACUUGAAAUAAAGUGGAUUUAUCAUUA